CACGAUCAUGGCCACCGCCAUCCUGCCCGGCGAACUCGUCCCCGCCCAGCACGUCAACCUCAAGCUCGGCCCCGGCCUCCUCCAAGCAUCCACAACCGAGAGCCCGAUCCUCGCCACCCGCGCGGGGGCGCUGCACCACUCCCCGAACGGCGCCCGCUGGUGGGUCGAGAGCAAUGCCCGGCGGUAUGUGCCGGCGGCGCAGGAGUCCGUCAUCGGCGUGGUCACCGCGCGCGGCGGCGAGGCGUUCCGCGUCGACAUCGGCUCCGCGCACCACGCCAACCUCGACGGGCUCGCGUUCGAGGGCGCGACGAAGCGCAACCGGCCGAAUCUCAAGGUCGGCACGCUCGUGUACGCGCGCGUCUCGCUCGCGCACAAGGACAUGGAGCCCGAGCUCGAGUGCUUCGACGCGCAGACGCACAAGUCCGACGGCUUUGGCGAGCUCAAGGGCGGUCUCGCCGUCACCUGCAGUCUGAAGAUGUGCCGCAUGCUCCUCGACCCGUCUCAUUUCCUCCUCCCUUUCCUCGGUGCUCGCUUUCCGCUCGACGCUGCGGUCGGUGUGAACGGGCGUGUGUGGAUAAGCACGAAAGACGCCCAGACAACGAUCGUGGCGACACGUCUGAUCGAAGCCGUCGAUCCUGACGGCGGAGGCAUGGACGAAGCGGCUGCGAAGAUUUUCUUCCACAAGAUCAACAGCUAGUCUACUGGUGGAUUUCUGAGUUGAGCAUCGCUUGGGACGGCGAGGGAGAAGUUUCAAGGAAGAGUGUCUGCAAUUAAAGUACAACUAUCAAUGUAGUCCUCUAUAUAUGCGGGUAAUUAGUCGACAUUGUACCAAAAAGAACAUGCUCCAUACAAAGUUAGGGUCACACCACUCGUCCCAUCCCAAUCAAUCAUCCUCCAUCCUCGCCCGCUUGGCCGGCUUGCGCCCCGUGCCGACAGACUCCUCGUCGCUGAUCUCGGUCGUGCUCCGUCUGAGAGCGGCGCUGGCGCGUUUUCGCCGCUGGUAUUCGCGGUCCCGAUUCUUCUUGUGCUGAGCUGCUGAAAGCUCGGGGUUACGUGGUGCGGGGGGCAAGAUGACUGUGGGGGGACCGCCGCUUGCCGCGGGCGUACCUCGGCCGGGUGCUUCGUCUCCCGCAGCGGACUCGUCUCCUUCGCCUAACAGAUCGAGAGACUUCUGGUAUGUUGUGCUCGAGGAUGAGAAGACGCGGUCCGCAUCUGUGAGCUCGUAUUUCUUCCUGGCAGCGGCUGUCUGGUUCUUGAGGUAGCCGUCGAAGCCGUGCACGACGUUGCCGCCGUUGUGCGCGUUCGUCUCGGUCAGGUACGCGCCUUCGAGAGAGUAGAUUUGGACCUCGAGUUGCGCGAGUUGCUUGUCCGCCGCGCGCUUCUGGGCAAGCAUCUUGACGAGCUCCUCCUUGACCUUGUCAUAGCGCGACUUUUCCUCUGGCGUUGGCUGAGUAUCUUGCCGCGACAUGUUAUGCGAUCAGUGAGCGAAGGAUAUUGAGUCCCCCCAGCCCUCCCCCAAGGAUAUUCGAGUCCUAGUACAAUUAGC